UCCAACACUCUGUUUCCUUCAUCUUCUCACAUCAACCAAAAGGUUUCUUCCAUUUUUAGCCACACCCCUCUCAACCAAAAGACACGUCCCUAGGUACCAGGAAACAAAACAAAACAAAACAGAAACAAACAUUAUCGGCCAACGUUAUUUUUUUUUUUAUUUGUGUACUUUCGUUACGAAAGAGCUCUAAAUAGAGGCAGAGAAAACGGGAAUGAGGUUAAGAUGAUUUGUGAGCAUUAAUAAGCCAUAAAAAGCUCCCUAGUUUCCGUACAACAACUCGUUUCUCCUUCAUAUUCUCCCUCCUUCACUCCCUCCUCUGUUUCGCUCUACCCUGUUUUCUUUUAUUUUCUGUCUUUUUCUGUGUUUCAGCAAAACGAGAAGAGACUUGUGAGGUUGCAAUGUCUCCAAUCUCUCCACCCGUUUCCCCCAAAUGGGUUACCGUGUUUCCACGUUCACACACUCCUUCGUAAAGGUUUCCACAAACCAAGACAAAACAUCAACCACCGACCACAAACGACAAACAGAGCCCACAUGGCAUCGUCCGAGGUUGAGAUUGCUUCUUCCUCGCCCUUCGGUUCCGUUCUGAGGGACCGCAACCACCGCGAAGAAUGCAGGGAAAGCAACGCAAAGGGCACGCAUAACCAUCAUGCUAAGUUACAGAGAAACAACAAGAACUUUGUCACGGACAUUAACACGUGUCGGGGGGUGUCUUCUGAUUCCGCAACAAACGAAAACAACAGCGGCUGCUGCAGCAGCAAGAACAAGGGCGUUAACCAGCGUAAGGCUCCGAAAAACACCCGCUUGGAGAGGCUUCGUUUCACACGAGCCAGCUCCUUCAACAACAACAACGGCAUCAUCAACAACAAAAAGGAGACAUCUUUGUCCUUGUUGAUCAGCCCAAGACACUCGCAGCUUCUCGAUCGAUGGGCAACGAGACAGGCUCGGGAGAUGGUGUCGAAUAUGGAGAAUGGGGCUGAACUUCUCUCAAUGGAUGACGUUGACAUUUUCCCAAGGACACCCAGUUCCACAUCUGAGGAAGAAUCAAGCUCCUCAGAGAUUCCCAACAUGGCUGCUUCUUCUCUUGUUCAGAUAUGGGAGAAGAGGCUAAACCAAUGUGUUGUCUCCAAAACGAACGCAUCGUUUGAGAAGAUCGGUUCAUCCUCUUCUCCCACGAAUGAGCAUGCUAAUGCUUCAUUGCCCGAGGAAGAAUGCUUUGAUGGACCCUCAGGGAAUGAAGAAAGUUCCUUUCACUCAUUUCCUGAGUGGGAAUCGAGUGACCAUUCCGUUUCGCCUCAAGCCAGGUCUGAGAGUGGUGUCAGUGUUGCUAGCAUCAUAAAGAAACUCACUUCCACCAGCCAGAACCAGAGUCCAACACCUUCCUUUAUUGAUGAGAAUGAACAAGAAGGGUAUUUUAGUAGUAGUAUGACAAGUGUGACAGGUUCUCCUUGUAGAGAGCGUGAAUGUGGUCAACAACAACCACCUUCAGAGCUUAAAUUUGCGUGUCCCCUGCGAAUUAGAGGGCGUCAAGCUUUCAAUGAUUUGCUUAUGCAGAUGGAGAAUGACAGACACAGGGAGCUCAACAACUUGUCAGAGCGUGGAGCGGUGUCUAAGUUCGCACAAAAAGGUCGCAUUCAGGCAUUGCUUCGGAUUAAAUUAUUGCAACGUGAUCUGGUGGCUAAUGAUCGCUCCCGGCAGAAUUCAACAUCAUGCGAACUAAACAGACAAUCACAAGGGUCUGCAAUUAUGCAAUUAAGGGAAAGAUUUAGCAGUGGGGUUGAACCUAGAACUCCGGUCCAUGCAGAAGUAGCUACCCCAAGAAGUCCUAGAAGAAAGGCAGUUAACAAAACCAUUCAAUUGGAUCAUAAUACUGAAGAAGCUCCUCCAAGUUCAGAUGUCAUGAUCCAAGAAACAAAUCCACGUUCAGAUGCCAAGACUCAACAAAAAAACUCAAAAGAAACUAGUGAGGCAACGACAUCCAUGACUGAUUCAGGUCUAAAUGAGAUGACAGACAGAGCAGAAGCUAGUAGCGAACAGAAUGAUAUUACUAAAAGUAGUAAUGAUGAGACAGUAAAUGAGGAAGAUAUUAGUAACCAGCAGUAUGCUGAAUCCAAUGCUGAAUCCGGUUACCAGGAGACACUAGAAGUGGCAAGUAAUCAGAACUAUGCUGAAAGCAGUUAUGGUGAUGAGAUGGAAGGAGAGGAAACUGACCAGAAUUGUGACUAUGAAAGUAAUUAUAACUGGAUCAGUGAAAUUUCUAGGCCUAGGAGCUAUUGGGAAGAGCGCAGGCAAGCCUGGUAUAGAGAGAUGCUUGAAACUGGUUCUCAGAAUGAGGAUAUAAGGAGGCUUCUUGAAAGAAGAACAGUGUCAAGUUUCCUUUCUAGUGACUUCCGGGAUAGAAUGGAUAGAUUGAUGGAAUCUCAUAGGGGAACACAAGCACAUUUAGUGAAUAGCCAGGACUAUGAGGAAAACAGCCAAGAAUUGAUGGCAUUUUUGCAGGAACGCUUGCAUUCUGCAAGAGCUUCUCAAGAAGAUGGAAGAGAUGGAAUUGAGGAAGAAGAGGAUGAGGAUAAUGCAGAGGAGCACGAGCACGAGAGCUUGAUAAGUGAUCCAUAUCAUGAAGCUGGUGAUUAUUCUAAUCGUUCCUCAUCAUGCAGUUACAGGGACAAUGAAGGCGGUGACGAUUUUGAUAGAGUUGUUUCUCCAUCCGGACAACCUUAUCAAUCUCAAUCUUUCUAUCCAGAGAGUCGGCAAUCUGCAUCUCCAUCCACCAAUCAUCAUUCAAUGGAAAUGGAACUGAUAUAUGAUUUGAGAGGGCACAUGGAGCAACUCUAUCAGGAGAUGUCAGAGCUGAAGAAAAUAAUAAAGGGCUGCAUGAAUAUGCAGAUGGAAUUACAACAAACCAUGAAAGUAGAGGUUCACUCAGUUAAAAUACAAGAAAAAAAGUCCCGUAACAGGACUCAAAAAAAGAAAGGCAACUGCUGCAUUUGCUAUGAGGUCAAAGUUGACUCUGUUUUGUACAGGUGUGGACACAUGUGUGCGUGUCUGAAGUGUGCCAUCGAGUUGCAAUGUAACAGUGGAAAAUGUCCCAUAUGUCGGGCUAAAAUAGUGGAUGUUGUUCGAGUAUAUAUUGACGGUUAGGUGUCACAUUCGACAGAAUCUCACUCCAUACAAUUAACAUCAUAAACAUACACGCGAGUUUCUCCUUUUUACAUAUACUUUCGUCAAGGGAGUUUGUGAUUUUUUGAGAAGAAACUCGUUUGGAAAACAUCACUGUACAUUAUUUCAUAGUUUUAAAUGUAACCCUUUUUUUUUUCCUUGUUGAUA